UGUUUUGGUAACAGGAGAGGAGUAUAAGUGGCGGAGAGAGGCGGCCGCGCGGUCAUAGUCUGUACACACAGAGGUGAUUGGCGUGUCCGGGACAUACAAACAUGGCGGACGGAGAAGUGACUUUGGUGAUCCGCAGCCCCAGCCUGAAGCAGGAGGAGAGGGAGGUGAAGGCGCCCCGAGGCUGCUCGGUGUGGGAGCUGAAGAGCCAGCUGAGGAGGGAGCUGCCCGGAGGGCCGAUGGAACAAGACCAGAGGCUGAUCUACUCAGGAAAACUCCUCCCCGACCAUCUGAAGCUCACCGAGGUCCUCUCCAUGGAGAACAGACACGUGUUGCACCUUGUGUUCUCUAUGAGGAGCCAGGCUGCAGAAUACAAGCCAAGCAGUACAACACAACCUUCUGCUUCUCAGACAGAUGGCGUCAGACAGCGCAAUUCAUUACCGAAUGUUCCAUCAGCACAAGAAAAUCCACCCAGGCCUCAAGCAGCAAGUCCACCUCUCUCUCCCUAUUCUAUGUACAGCCCUCAACAGAUUCUGUGGUGGCAUCAGAUGUACGCCAGGCAGUACUACAUGCAAUACUAUGCUGCAGCUGCCGCCACCACCACCUCUCCCUCUCAGAGAAGACAGGAACUUCCAGUUGUGCCCCCUGCUGCUCCAGACCCGCUUCCUCAUCCUUUCCCUGCUGCCAACCAGGCCCCCAACCCUGACGUUCAAGCCCCUGUAAAUCCCGUAGCCAAUCAGAAUUUGCGUAUGAAUGCACAAGGAGGAGUGGUGGAGGAAGAAGAUGAGGUGAACAGAGACUGGUUGGACUGGGUGUACACUGCCGCACGCUUCUCAAUCUUUCUCAGUAUACUGUAUUUCUACUCCAGCCUGACCCGUUUCAUGAUGGUCCUUGGUGCCAUGAUUGUAAUGUAUCUGCACACAGCUGGAUGGUUUGCAUUUAGGCAAAGACAACCUCAAGAAGCUGCAGUUGCUCAGCCACAGGCCGCUGGAAAUCAACAGGAUCAAAACAACAACUUACAACAACAGGAAAAUGGUCAAGUUGCGGAAGAAGCACCGAAUGAGGCAGCAACCGCCAUCCUUCAGGCACAGUCCUUCACGUCCACAGCCUGGGUCUUCUUCAAAACAUUCUUUGCCUCUUUGAUUCCUGAGGGCCCUCCAGCAAUGGUUCAAUGAAGACCAUUCAUGACAGACAUUUUGGGUACAGAUAAUGGACUUGCAGCUGCAUGUUAUCGGUCUUCCAUCCCUUACAUGGCCACAAGAACAGGCCCAGUUCAAAGAACUGACGCUUUUAUAGUUUUGUAGGAAGACUUUUUGUUGAGACAUGUCUCCUUCAGAAAGAAUAUUCUUUUCUACCAGUCCAAAGAUGUAUGUACAGUAUGCACAUGUGAGUGGGCAUUCUCUGCUCAUGGCAUUUGAUUCCUUGUGGAAUGUCUGGGUAAUUUACACUAAUUGUAGUGUUAACGUUUACACAUGUAACAACUUUAGCAUACUGGCCAGUCUUGCUUUGAACUCUACCGGCUGUGGAGUAGAUAUAUUACCGGACGCAGUAUGCUAAUCCGCAUUUCAAAAUCUUCCUUGUGCUAACCCUUCACGCACAAAUUCCUGCACUUUAGAGAAUACUUUCAAUAAACUGAGAAGCUUUGUAUUGUC